AUGGACUUCCAAAACGUAAAUCCCUUUAACGCUUGGUUGAACAAGCUCUCGGGCAAUCUAUUGCCGAUGACCGGUAAUGAUCCGCCAUUUCCCACUGCAUGGAGAAUAUACAGUGUUGUCUUGUUACUGACUGAGGUGGUGCAGGUCACCGCGAUAAUCCCAGCGGUCAUGUACGUGUCGAAGGAGAAGAUUUUACAGGACGCGACAGUCGGCGCCGUCAUCAGUGCGGAAGCAUUCUUCCUGUUUGCACGGAUGCACACUCACAGGGAUCUCGUGAGUCGACUGAUACGGAAACUGAACCACAUCCUGCGCACACAAGACCAUACCAUGGAAAGCAUCGUGAAAUCGACCCUGAGGCCGGUGCAAGCUCCGCUCAAAUUUUACUGGAUAGCAGGUUCCGUAUCUCUAAUAGUGUGGUGCUGCAUAUCGUUCGUGCCGGUCUUGAAGAGGAGCGUCUUCUUCUACGAGGAUUACAGAGUGCCGGUGGUUUUCACUAAGCAGCCGUUUUCAAUGAGAGUCUUUCUAUUUGGCAAUUUGGUCGUAUCCGUCACCAGCGUGUAUAUAUUUAUGAGGAAAGUCGCUUUGGACGUGUAUACGAUCAAUCUUGUGCUCCUAAUGACAGCGCAGUAUCGCUACAUAUCGACGAAGCUAACGAUGAUAUUUCAAAUAGGUAGUUCGCAAAAUCAAUACCACAAGCCUCAAAAAGAAUACUUCGACGCGUAUUUAUGGGCAGAGACAAAAAUGAGAGUUUUAUGUCAACAUCACAACGCUAUAAUUCAGAUGACGCCGAUAUUAAAGAAACUGUUGUCUAUAAACUUUAGUUUGAUAUAUUUGAACAACGUUUUCCGAUUCUGUUUUAACGGCAUUAUGCUGGUGAUUGCG